AAAUUAUAUUUAUAUUAUUACUUUUUAAAUAUAUAUCAACUAAAUUAAGUGAAUAAAGUGAUGUUUAAUCCAAAAAAUUAUGAGUACGACUGUACACGCAAGUGUCGUUUGAGAGCGCAUGGAAAUGCUAUAACGUCUGCCCUGACCAAGCGUUCCAUUGAGAAUGAAAAGUUGGCUGCAUAUGUGGCCAAGACUUGUUGCAAUUAUGCCGAUAUUGUUGACGAUUUGGGACGCUCGGCAGUACAUGUGGCUGCCUCAGUUGAUCGUUAUGAUAUUCUGGAAUGGCUUUUAAAUCAGGGCUCUAUUAUCAGUGGCCGUGAUUUUGAAUCUGGCAGCAGCCCUUUACAUCGUGCCAUUUUUUAUGGUUGCAUAGACUGUGCCGUUUUGUUGCUGCGCUAUGGUGCCAGCUUAGAUAUUUUAGACGAGGAUACCCGCUCUCCCUUACAGCAAGUUUGUCGUCUAAGCGAUUAUCCCACCAAACAUAAAGUAACUGCAAAUAAUGAACUUUUGGUAUGGGGUUCCAACAAAAAUUACAAUUUGGGCGUUAACAAUGACCAGGGCACCGAUCAUUUACCCCAAAUGCUGGAUUAUUUUCGCAAAGAACAAAUAUCCAUACAAUCGGCUGCUUUGGGGGCCUAUCACAGUUUGUUUUUGGAUAAGAAAUCCAAUUUGUAUGCAGUGGGUCAUGGCAAAGGUGGCAGAUUAGGUACCGGUAAUGAAAAUAGCUUAAGUACUCCCAAAAAGAUAAAAAUCCCUUUGAAAAAUACUGGCGAGGAAAUUGUUUGUAUUAGUGCUUCGCGCAAACAUUCUUUGGUAUUGACCAAUUAUUCAUUAGUCUUUGCCUGCGGUCUUAAUGAUAGCCAACAGUUGGGUAUACGUGAUGCUGGUGAAAAGUGCUUAAAUUUUAAAGAAGUUUCUACCUUGAGAAAUUCUAAUGUCGAGAGCUUACAAAAAGUUAUUGCCAGAGAUUAUCAUUCAUUGGCGUACUCGGAAAAGUGUUUGUAUGUUUGGGGAACAAAUUUGGGUCAAAUGGGCAUUGAUGCUAAUACGAAGACAGUGCAGAUACCUAAAUUGAUGAAAUUACCACCUAAAACCUCUAUACAAUUUGUAGAAGCUAAUAACACCUCCACAGUAGUUAUAACCAAGGAUAAUACCAUAUUAUUAUAUCAUAAUUAUAAAAUGAAAUCUAUAAAGGCACCCAAUUAUGAAUCCCUAAAGAGCAUAGCAGUUAUAGAGGGUGACAAUGCCAGAUCGGAAAAGGGUACAGCAAGUGCCUUAAAACUGCUAAUCUUAACACAGACCAAUGUGGUUUUUCUAUGGUAUCAAUUAACACAAAACUUUUAUAGAUGCUCUUUUUCCAACAUACGCUUAACGCAAAUCGAUAAAAUUCUUUAUAAAGGCAAUCAAGUUUUGAUCCUCUCACAGGGAGACAUUUACAAAGGCAAAUGUCAACAGAUCUCCACGCCACCCUAUUACACACGCCCCGAAACGGCUGGAACUUCAAAAUCUUUGGGCAACAUCUGGUCACGUAGUGAUCAUCGUUCAGCCGAAAUGGCUAAAGAUGUUAUGAUACGCAUCGAUUUACAGCGCAUAACACAAAUUGAUCGUGCUGUUGAUGUCUUCUGUGAUGAUGAUUUUGCUUCGUUUGGAGUGCUGCAAGAGUCGCAUGUUAAAUAUUUCAAAUUGCCUGCCCUUAAUCCCGAAGAAUAUACAUUUAAAAAACUUUACAAUGAUGUGUGCGAAUACGAUGCCAUACACGAUGUAGUGUUUCAUGUAGAUGGUGAUAAAUUUCCGGCCCAUAGAUUCAUAAUCCAUGCUCGAGCACCCGGUUUAAGGGAAUUCAUUGCAAUGAAAGAUGAAAAGGAAGUGCAUUUAAAUUUUCAACUUUUAACGGGUAAAAUGUUUGAGCUAAUAUUGAAAUUUAUUUAUUCAAACUAUUUGCUUAAUGAACAAGAUCUCGAAGAUAUACAAAGCAGUUUGCACACCGAUAGUCCUGCUGAACUGGAUGAUGUUUGUAAAAUAUUUUUAAAUUUUGUUGAACAAUUUCAUAUCACAAAUUUGGCCAAUUAUUUAAAAUACUACCUGCAACAAUCCCCCUUUUAUUUGCCACACAUGGUGGAUAAAUCCAAAUAUCGUUUUAAUCGUUUGCGGCUGUCCGACUACCAACAAUUCUAUGAUGUACGCAUUCUAUGCGAAAAUAAUGUCGAAUUGCCAGCCCAUAAAUGUGUAUUAGUAGCACGUUUGGAAUACUUUGAAAUGAUGUUUACACACACCUGGGCGGAACAGACCACCAUCAAUUUAUCCACAGUACCCAUCGAAUAUAUGCAGGCCAUAAUUGAGUUUCUCUACAGUUUAGAUGUGGAGCAGUUUCGUAAGCAACAGUAUCGCGAAACUUUCCUCUACAACAUGAUUGUAUUCUGUGAUCAAUUCUUUAUUGAACGCCUAAGGAAUGUGUGUGAAAUUUUGCUAUUGGACAAGAUAUCGAUAAGAAAAUGUGGUGAUAUGUUGGAUUUUGCCCACAUGUACAAUUGUGAGGUGUUGAGAAAGGGCUGUUUGGAUUUCAUAUGUCAAAAUUUGGCCAGAAUUUUGCUACAAAAGACUUUAUUUGAUUGUGAGCCGGAGGCUUUGAAAUGUAUCAAUCAACACUAUCGUGAAAUGUUUAAGCAGGUCUUUGAUUAUCGCAUGAUUACCCCCGAUUCGGAAGCAGUUGACGAUGAUUGUUUGUGUAGUUUUGUGGAUGAUUUUCAGGUAGACUUGAACUAUCGCAUGGAUGAGGAGGAGCAAAAGCUGUAUAGAAGUGCUCAGAAAACUAAAGCUAAAGAAAACAAAACAAAAUUAUCCGCUAGGCAAUAUGAAAGAGAUGCUAUUUCGUCCAUGAUGGAAACUUUAAAUGUGUCUGAAAAUUCAGAGAAAAUACGCAGAAAUUCGGAAAAAUCUAAAGUGAUUCAAGAAGCAGAAGAAAUGGCAAAAAAACUGCAAAAUGAAGCCAAAUCAUGGAUGAAGGUUUUGGAUAAAAAAGAACAUAAAAAGUUGGUGUCCAACGAAAUUAUAAAACAGGAUGAACAGCCAAUGCCCAUGUGUGUUGCUUUGACUAAAACUAAUGAAACUACAGCGGCCAUAAAAAGCAAAACACCUGAAAGGGAGUUGGAGGAAUUACCCUCUACUACUUCAGCUUCUAAGCUGUAUAACAUUAAUUUUGCCGAUUUAAAAACACCACCCAGAGAAAAACUAUCGCAAAAACAGCGUAAACGUCUGACAUCCGAAAGUUCAAAUGUUGUAGGUUCUUGGCGUGCCCCAGCUUUAAGCGAAUCUAAACCGGUUACUGUAACACAACCCCCUAAUGCCUGGGGUAUAGUACCACAAUCCCCCAAUUCAACUAUCGAAUUUGAUGCGCUGUAUUCACCACCUACCGGCAGUUCUGCAGAUCCUUCUUCAUUUGCCAAUAUGAUGAGAACGAAUAGCAAGACCUCUACUACCUCGCCCUCUACAGCAAAUGCCAGCAAUAGUUUUAGCCAGAUCUUGGCUGAAGAGAAACGUCAACGUGAAUACUAUGAGCGUACCAAGCACAAGUCUCUGGCCCUGACACAAAUUGAAGAACAGGCCAUAGCUGAACUAAGAGAAUUCUAUAAUGCGGACAAUGUAACCGAUGAGAUAAUAACCAUACAAAGGAAAUGUAUGCAACCUACAAUAAAUUUUGCCAUUUGGCAAAAAAACUAAAAAA